AGCUUUUUGUUUGGGGCUCAGACAGGGCAUUCCCUUUGCUGUCAACCAGAACAAUAGUUUUCACUGAUACAGACGCGACAUUGAAUAAGAACAUGCUCGCUCAUCGCCGGGCUGCGGCUAUACCGCGUCUAUCGGGUGCUGCGAAUUACAGAGAAUGGAGCCAAAAGGUGGAGCUUAAUAUGCGCAUUCAAGAGACAUGGCCAGCAGUGAUCGGGCCACCAGUGCCCAUUGAGACGGAGAUUGAGCUGGAAGAUUACAUUUAUGUUGCCUCGCGCAAACACAUUUAUAUUCAGUGUCCCGAAUUGUUGAAUCGCAAUGCGAAGUUGUUUUUGUUUAGAUUCAUAGAGCCCACAAUUAUUACGUCAGAGUUUAUCGACAUGAGUGUCCCCUGCAUCUGGCGCACAUUGAAACGUUAUUAUGGCCAUGUGAAAAGCGAUUUCAAACGUAAGUCGAGUGCAAUUUCACAUAAGAAAUGCAAGAAGCCUAAAAUUGUAUCUCGUUGUGGUGCUUAAUACUGGGCAAAUAGCAUAUAUGGCAGCACUUUGUUUUGUAUUUUGGUUAAUGUUGUGUUAAAUUUGUUGUUCGUUCUUGGUCGUAUGUCAA